CCCGGAAGAAGAACCGGAACUCAACAGUAUGGCGUCUCUGUCGAUGCGCAUUCGCACAAAAAUAUGUUGUAGCUAGCAGAUUAAAAUAUUUAGUUAAAACGCUAUAUACUAGUUAGAUAAGUGAUUUAAUUCGUAUGCCGCUGUGUGCUUUUGUGACAUUGUUAAAAAAAAUAAACGUAGGUGAGCGUUAAAUUGCAAAGUGCGCGUGACGGUUUUGUUGGGAGUCUUUUAGCGCGCGAGCUCGAGUCAGCGUCCAAUCACAGCAGAGAGGUGAAGCGAUGGAGUCAUCUGAACAAUGUCCUCCAGACUCAGCCCAUCAGGAGGUGAACCCGAUGUUCCUCCAGCAGCUCAGAGAACUGGAUAUCCCUGAGGAGGCAGCCAGACAGGCACUCCUACACACAAGGAAUGUGUCUGCUGAGGAGGCUGCGAUGUACUAUUUCAACAAGCUGGAAAAUGAGGAAGAAGGGGAUGAAGAUAUGAUGUUCAAGAUGGUCUUUGUUGUGAACAUGGAGCUGUCCAUGGGAGUGGGGAAGGUGGCAGCGCAGGUGGGACAUGCAGCUGUGGCUCUGUACCAGGCCAUGCAGGAGAAGAAUACUUGGAGAGAGAUGGCCUGGAAAUGGGACCAUGCUGGAGCUAAGAAGAUUGUGCUACAAGGCACCAACACAGCACACCUCUUGGAGCUGCAAGCACUCGCUAUGAGUUUAAGCCUCCCUACAAAACUGAUACAGGAUGCCGGACUCACACAGGUGGAGCCAGGCUCUAGCACUGUGCUGGCCAUCAUGGGAGAAGACGAAAUGGUCAAUAAUGUUACAGGUAGCUUGAAACUGCUUUGAGCACCAAGAAGAAGCGACUGUGGAAAUACAGAUGUGUAAGGUGCCACUGAGUGUCCACAGGGGGGCAGAAGAGUCCCACAGCAGCAAGUCUUGCUGCCUUUAAAAACAGCAUAAUCUAUGGCAUUCUCUUACUUCUACUGACACACACACAAAAUAACACUAUUAUUAUAUGAAGUAGAAGAAGGGCUGCGCAUGUGGGUGUGGGUGCCUAGAUCUAUCAAUUCUGCUUGGUUUAACAUUUACAGUGUAUCUGCAUUCAUUCAGUCACAUAAAGGUCUUUGAUUCUAUAGGAAAAAAAAACAACGUGAAAAUGUGUUUGAACAUAUCAGUAAUUGAUCAAAUGGGUAGAUGAUGCCAACGUAUGUCCUGUUAUAUAACUAAAUAUAGCCCUUAAGUUAGAACAUAGUGUUUUGGUGAUUGUUGGACCAAAUAAGUCAUUGUAACCAAAUCAAAUAAAUUGUAACACUACAUGUAAAGCAUUGUUUCAAAAUGUAAGAACUCCUGAGAUGGGUUCGUUGAUUAUGUGCAAAGGAGCUUCCUUUGUUGUGAGUAGUGAUGUGUAAACUUAGAGGAAAAAAAAAUGUUUGUCUAGACUUUUUAUGUAAGUGUGACGAUACCCCUUAUUACCAAACCUUGUUAUGUAGACAUAACAUGAAAGCAUCCUGAUGAAGAAUGGGGGAAAAAAGCGCAAAGUUUCAAAGCCAUACAUUUAUCGUGGAGUGCCAUUGUUAACGAUUUGUUACUUUUUGACUGUUAUUUAUUUUUUUAUGCAUCUACUUGUUGAGUCUAUGAUAUAUUGACUGUCAGUUCUAUAGGACUAAAGGAGGUUGGCUAUUUGCAAUAAUAUUGACAUGCUAUUUCUCUGUCUGAAUUAAAAUUUCAUUCUAGUGUUACAAGCUCA